AUGCGUAAGUGCAAGGUUUUCGUCGGAAAUUCUCACCCGGAACUCGGGAACUUGGUAUGCGAGAGGCUAGGUAUUCAACCGGCUCCUUGUACGCUAAAAAAGUUCGCCAAUGGCGAGACUUCAGUGCAGAUUGGAGUCUCGGUACGUGACGAGGACGUUUAUGUUAUUCAGUCUGGUUCUCCUGCCAUUAAUGACCACAUCAUGGAACUGUUGAUUCUAGUUUCUGCAUGCAGAGGUGGAUCUGCAAAGAAGAUUACUGCGGUGAUCCCACAAUUCCCCUACUCGAAACAAUGCAAAAUGAAAAAGCACAGAGGGGCUAUCACUGCCCGCAUGCUUGCGAAUUUGCUGAUCAUGGCUGGCGCGGACCACGUUGUUUCCAUGGAUUUACAUGCUUCUCAGAUGCAAGGUUUUUUUAGCAAACCUGUAGAUAACUUGUAUGGUGGUCCAAGUUUGGCAAGAUGGAUAAGAGAAAACGUGGAGGAUUUUCCUGAUGCCGUUGUUGUCUCAAAAAACCCCGGCGGUACCAAGAGAGUUACUGCUCUAGCAGAUUCACUAAAAAUAAAUUUCGCCAUGAUUCACACCGAUCGCCGCCGUUCCAAGGAUUUAUAUGCUCAGAAUAAAAACAAGCAGCAAUUAAUGCAAAGAAAACAAUCCAUGCUAAGGAAAAAUAGACCAAUAGUCAGACCUGGAGAAGCGCCCGAUGAAGAAGAAAAUAUCAUCUUGACCAACGGGAUUCAAACGGCCAGGAUCGUCGGGGGGCAUGUUGUCGAUGACGAUGACUACGUGGAUGAGGAGUCUAUCACGGACUCUGAUAAUGACUCAGAGGCUCUGUCCUCAAUAAGUGAUUCCUACGCACUUGGUGGAUCUUACGAUGCAGUGGACUCGGAAGAUGAGGAGGGACCGGAGUUUGUUGACCAAGAGAAGCUGAUCACACUAGUCGGUAACGUUAACGGUCGCUCUGCAAUUAUUUUGGACGACAUGAUUGAUAGACCGGGUUCAUUUAUCAGCGCAGCCGAGCACCUUGUUAAAAACUGUGGUGCCAAGAAGGUUUACAUCAUUGCUACUCACGGUGUCUUCACUGGUGACUGCUUAGAACAACUUGAACAGUCCAGUUCUAUACACCAAAUUGUCGUUACCAACACUUACCCAAUUUCUCAAACAAAAAGACAAAGUUCUAAGAAAUUAGUUGUGAUCGACGUAUCAUCAAUUUUUGCUGAGUGCAUUCGUCGUGAUCAUUACGGUGAGAGUAUAUCAGUUCUUUUCGAUUCCUUGGCUUCUCUGUGA